AUUCAUUUUCGCGUGCGCAUUUUACGCAUUGUCCCUAAUUAGGUUUCACUAGUUUCCCUCAGCGGAGCUCUAAAUUUCAGUUCACGCAAGCGUGCUUUAAAAAUAACGCAAAACAUCUGAAUCGUUAAAAAAUACUGCCAUUCGUACGUUCUUUUUUCGAAACCGUAUCACUAAAGCCAUCGCAAAAGCAUAAAUAAAUUCUCUUGUCGUCGGAGUUGUGUUUGUCAGUAUGCAUCUUGCGUCGUGUUGGAUCUGGUCGCUUUUAAAUCUAGAGUACCAUCAGUAGGCUUCAUCAAGGACGGCACUGAUAAAUGGGUAAAUUAACAUUAUUAUGUACAGCACGAACGAGUAAUUUGGUGAAAAUAAAAUACAAAAAUUGUGGUUUCCGUUUGGAUGUAAUAUAAUUCUGAAAAAUGUGGAUAUUUAUUGUGGCUGGGGUACUAAUGGUACUUGGCUAUUGGGUACUGAAUCGACGUCUGAAUUACUGGACUAGGAAAGGUGUACCACAAUUAAAACCAAUAUUUAUCUUUGGGAACUUAUGGCCUAUAAUUUCGCGUAAACUAUCACCUCCUGAAUUCACACAAGAAAUAUACAACUCUGGCCAAAAUCUACGGUACAUCGGCACAUAUCAGUUUCUACGACCAACUCUGACGAUAAGAGACCCAGAACUCAUCAAGCAAAUUACAGUAAAAGAUUUCGAUCAUUUUUUGGAUCAUGUAGGUUUAAUAGACCCAGAAACCGAUCCCAUUUGUGGAAAAAUUUUAUUUGUACUUAAUGGAAUGGAGUGGAGGGAGAUGAGAUGCACCCUUAGUCCAACUUUCACCAGCAGUAAAAUGAAGUACAUGUUUUCAUUAAUGUCUCAAAAUGGAGAACAAUUUAUCAAGCAUUUCCUUCAAAAAAAUGAAGACGUAAUUGAAAUAGAGAUGAAAGAUGUAACUUCAAGGUUUGCGAAUGACGUUAUUGCUAACACGGUGUUUGGGUUUGAAUGCGAUUCCUUGAAAGAACCUGAUAACCAGUUUUACACAAUGGGUAAGUUAGCCACUGACUUUGCAAAUAUUCGGACAAUUUUGGUAUUUAUGGGUUACCUCAUAAUGCCAAAACUACUUAAAUUUUUCAAAGUGACGCUGUUUCGUGAUAAGAUGACGAAUUUUUUUGGGAGAAUAAUCAAAGAAAAUAUUGAAAGUAGAGAAAAAUAUGGUGCUAAACGGUCUGACAUGAUUGGUUUGUUACUCGACGCAAUGAGAAGUAAGCACAAUGACGACGAACACAGUACUUUACCAGAUACUGGUUUUGCUACGGUAGAAGAAUCAGAAAUUGGUAAAGACCAAAUGUUUAGGAAGAGUGAAUUGACAGAUGAAGACAUUAUUGCUCAGGCUUUUCUAUUCUUCCUUGCUGGAUUUGACUCUGUUUCUUCACUAAUGUGUUAUAUGUCGUACGAAUUAGGAGUCAAUCAAGAAAUACAAGAGAACUUAAGAAACGAAGUAGAUGCUACGAAAGAAAAGUGUAAUGGACAAAUUACGUAUGAAGCAUUAAACACAAUGAAAUACAUGGACAUGGUCUUAUCAGAGACCUUGAGAAAAUGGCCGAGUGCUAUAGCUAGUGAUAGGAUCUGCACUAAACCCUAUACGCUCGAACCAAAAACACCAAAUGAGAAACUAGUUCAUUUAGCCAAAGGUACUGUGAUAGGGAUACCAAUGUAUGCAAUUCAGAGAGAUCCGCAGUACUAUCCAGAUCCAGAACGAUUUGACCCUGAACGCUUCAGUUACGAGAACAAAAAUAAAAUCGUACCAUAUACAUUCUUUCCUUUUGGAUUGGGGCCACGAAAUUGCAUUGGAUCGAGAUUUGCUUUAAUGGAAACCAAGCUUCUUUUUUACUACAUUCUGUCCAAUUUUGAAAUAAUUCCAAUUGGGAAAACACAAAUUCCAAUUCGUUUUAACAGAAAAGCCUUAAAUAUGUCACCUGAGAAAGGUUUUUGGCUAGGACUCCAACGUCGCGUCAAAUGAUUAAUAUGUUUAAUGCUUUCUGUCUAACAAAGAUGUAUGAUAUUAUUGUUUGAUAUCAAAUAACCGUGUUUUGCACGUAAAUACUCAGGGAAACAUGUGUGUCAACAUAAAUUAAUUGUAGGUGUUAGGUACAAAUGUAUAGUAUUAUGAAGCAAAAGAAUUUAAUCUAUUGUAUUUUAUAACUUAUCAAAUAGUGUCAGAAAUGCUUCGCAAAUGUAGCGUGAAUAAAAACUGAAACGUGACAAGCUUGAAUACCAUCUAAUAUUUUUAUGCCAGAUUACCAUGUCAUAGAUCUAAAACACCAGAUCACAUACAAUAAAGCACACAUGAGAAGAGCAACAAGCACAUGCAUCUUAAAUAUGCCCAAAAUCAGUAUAAUGUGGUCUCGGAAACACUUCGCUCAGGAGCGCCAAUUUCUAGAAUAAAUGUUGAAAUUCAAGCUGUAAGAAAAAUUAAAGCUGAAAGAAAAUAACACGCAACUAAUAAUACCCAAAUAAACAUAAAAUUCCCCUCUUAUUUCGAGUCCACGAUAAUAUUA